AUGCCUUACCCGAAUGUUGAUUCUGUUUCAUCUUCAAACAAUCGUCUUAUUAUUAUGGAGCUAUACUAUGACAUACCAAUUUUAAAGAACGAGUUUGAUCGGCUAUUUGCUGCAUUAACAAACAAGCAACAAGACAUUUUUCUUGAUAUCAUGGAUGUAGUUAAAGAUUAUAAGGGAGGUGUCUUCUUUGUUUAUGAUUAUGGUGGAACGGGUGAGACAUUUCUUUGGAAUACAAUUUCUGCAACAAUUGGAGCUCAAUGUAGAAAACCCUCAUUGAUCAUUUCGGAUGAAGCACCUACGGUACACAAGCAUGCAUUUGAAGUUUUAGAUCGAAAUUUGAAGGAUAUAUUAAGGUGUGUCAAUCCUACGAACUCAAAUAUUCCAUUUGUAAGGAAAGUGAUUGUUUUUGGAGGUGAUUUCAGACAAAUUCUACCUGUUGUUCCAGGUGCCAGUAGACAAAACAUUGUUCAUGCUUCUUUAUGUUCUUCCUAUUUAUGGAAACAAUGCAAUGUUCAUAAAUUAACAAUGAACAAAAGGUUAACUGUUGGAAGCGAUCCAUCUAUUAUUGAACAAAUAAGGGGUUUUGAAAAUUGGCUUUUGGACAUCGGAGACGGCAAUCUUGGUGGUCCGAAUGAUGGUGAAGAGAUGGUUGAUAUUCCAGAAGAUAUUGUCAUUAAUAAUCCAUGUGAUCCUAUAGGUUCAUUAAUCAGUUUUGUAUAUCCUUAUGUUCUGGAAAACAUCAACAUUACUAAUUAUUUACAAGAAAGAGCAAUACUUGCUCCCAAGAAUGAAGUUUUCCAAGAAAUAAACGAUCGUUUAUUGUCAUUGUUUCUUGGAGAACAAACAGAAUACUUAUGUUCAGAUAGCUUAUGUCGAUUCGAGUUUGUUCAUGAUCAGUUUGAUGCAUUUUUAUAUUCACCUUAUGUUUUUAAUAGUCUUAAAAUCUCAAGUCUUCCAAACAAUAAGCUUACUUUAAAAGUUGGUGUUCAAGUUUUGUUAUUUAGAAACAUUGAUCAGAAAAAUGGCUUAUGUAAUGGUACUAGACUAUAG